CUCACCAGCUCUGUCUCCUCCAGUGGUCCCCAUGAGUCCUUACUUGAUGCUGUGCCAGCCGCACCUGAGAUGUGGGGACAAGUUCUACGACCCCCUGCAGCACUGUUGCUAUGACAAUGCCGUCGUGCCCUUGGGCAGGACCCAAAGGUAUGGAAACUGCACCUUCAGGGUCUGCUUCGAGCAGUGCUGUCCCUGGUCCCUCAUCUCCGAGGCAUCCCUCAUGGUGAAGAUGAAAGGCCAGAAGUGCCCCUCAGCCCUGACUUCGGAUGACAGGCUUUGUCGCAGGCCCUGCUUUCAGCACUGCUGCCUAGAGCAUCUGGGCUCUCAGCACCAGGCAGUAGUGAGGCUCCAGGUCCCAGCCAUGCGGCCUGACUACCCCAGGAGUGUGCUCAAGUAA